AUGCAGCUACCAACCACAACUCUUAGCCUCUUCCUAUCGCUCCUAGGCUACGUCUCCGCCUACAACAUCUGGACAUGCUCGGAACCAAACUUUGGGGGGGAGUGCCGACUCAUCACCACCGGGUGGGGAGGAUGUAACGACUUGGGCGACUGGGGCAAGCAGAUAUCGUCAAUCGGUCCUGAUAGUGGAGGCUGGUGCGACUUUUGGCCAGCCGGGAGUCCGUCAUGUCAUACAACGGCCGGAUACUGGAAGUACAUCACGUACCCGGGCAUCGCAGAUCUGGGGGCGGAUGCGCCUGCUUUGAAUAAGAACGUCGGGACCUAUUAUUGCUAUGCAAGUUGA